AUGAACGAGAAACAGGGACUAUCGUGGAGCGCAUCACUGUUCUGUGAACUGAGGACAAUGUCCACUGAAUCGCCAAGUUCUGUUCGUAAAGUGGUUGUUCAUCUCAGAGCCACCGGUGAUGCUCCUAUUCUCAAACAAUCCAAGUUUAAGAUAGCAGGAACUGAUAAAUUCGCGAAAGUGAUAGACUUUCUUCGCCGCCAGCUCCACAGGGAGACAUUGUUUGUGUACGUCAAUAGUGCUUUUUCACCAAACCCUGAUGAAUUGGUAAUUGACCUGUUCAAUAAUUUUGGUUUUGAUGGCAAACUGGUGGUCAACUACGCUUGCUCCAUGGCUUGGGGCUAA